GCCUAAUCGGGCCCAGGCCCACGUCAACCGCAGCGGCGAUCACUCCACCCCACAUCUCGCCGGCGAGCACGGGCGGAGCCGGCGGCGAGGGAGGCGACCUCAGUUCCUCGCCGUCUCCGUCGACCUUUCCCCGCGCCGGUGAACCCUCCCGGAUUCCUCGCCCUUCCCCUUCCCCUUCCCUGAACUCCUCUUUUCACAUAUUCUUCUUCCGAGACAAUAUCUCGUCGAAUUUUUUUCCGCCGACGAGCGUCAUGUCGAAGUUAAUAGUAGGAGAAAUGAUCUUCUGCAAACGUUUGUUUUUGGGAACCUGAUUUAUUACAGGAGGGUUGCCUGCUCAUGGAUUAAGCUGUUGCCUGCAUGUUUAAUGUUAAGUCUCUAAAUUUUGCGGUGAUAAUGUAUUACUCCGUAUAGAAUACCCUCAUACUGUAUAGAUCAUUUGGGCAUUUUGUCUAGGAGUAUCAUCUUAUCUGGACCGAUUGGCUACAUGUAAACAAUGCUUAUUAAAAGAACCAUAAUAUUGGAAAUUGAAAGAUCAAUUUGUAAGUCACCUCAAUUCAUGAUGGCAACAUGUGUUUGCCCUUUCUUCCACCAACCUAGUCAUCUAGAUAAGAUAUAAACUGUUGGUUGAGAGAAGCAUGAAUCUUAUUGAUGGUAGCAUGUGUGGAGACAGUAAAGCAUAUAUAGAGUAAUGGAACGAUUUCUUCUGUAUUGGUGAAAUCUCGGUUCUCAAUACAUGUGAAUUAAAGUUGUUAAUCUUGGACCACUAUAGCUCACUAGCUCCGUUUGUUUAUAUUUUACCUCACAUGUUGCUUGCAUUGUGUAUUACGGUAUUACCUCCCUUUGUUCAGCAGAAUCAUUUCUACUGCAUAUUCCCAACCCCAGAUCUGAACUAUAUGUAUCAGUUUUCAAGAUUUUGCUUCAGAUCUAAGGGAAGCUUAGUUUCAGUUUAGCUGUUUUAUGACUUUUGAUGUCCAGCCUGCUAAUUUCUAGUUCUAAGAGCUGUUGUAAAAUUUGUCCUACACCACAAGAAUGUAGUAUGGUUUUCAGUUGUAUCCCCCCCUUACCAAAAUAUUAGUUUCUGUAAGGUUUCCAAGAUGUUACCGUUUAUAACUUUGUAAUAAUAUAUACAAAUAAAAUUACAGUACUAUGAGACCUUCUUUGAUCACAGAUCUAACAAUGUAGUUUGCGCAUAUAGCGGAACUCCAUACCUUUAUACUUAUUGGGUAGUAAAACUUAAAGUUAAAUGGCAUGGAUUCUACAGUGAUAAAUAGAAAUAACCACACAAAUAAUUAACAACCAGGAUUCUGAGGAAAAAUUAUCUGAGCCUCAUGGGAAGACAGUUUGGUACGUCCCUUGGAUGAGAACAUCACAGGUAAUUUUCGUACCCCAUUUUGCAUUAAUUACUAGUAAAUUGUUUGCCAGUGGCAUUACUGAUCAAUAAAAGCUGCAUCACAGUCCUCAUCCUCAUUAUGUUACUUGUAGACUAAUAUUUUAACAUGAAGUCAGUCUGAAAGUAGGAAGUAUAUGCAUUGGUGCCACUGAAAUAUUUAGUUAUAGGCUGAGUGCUUCACCAUGAACUUUGGUGGUAUGGUAGGAGGUAAAACUUGUGCUUUCACUGCGAAACAUAUGAAAAGCCACAAGUAUUUUCUGCACAUUGCACUGAACAAAUAUAUAUUCUGCCUUAUGUAGUUAUGUACAUCUCAAAACAAUACCAUCUUCAGUUUAUUUUCUAGGGAUUGUGUUUGAACUGAAGUAGCAAAUCACUCCAGGCCCAGUUUCUGUCAUAAACUGGGUCAAUUCCUUUUCUUCUUAAUAUAAAACAGGAACCCCUGUCCUCCUCCUCGAGGUUUACCUUGGGGCAAAAAAAAAACCCUGAAGUGUCGUAAGUUCAAGCAUGAUAAUGGGUCCUGUUGUUUUAGUGAUGAGAUAUAUAGAAUAUGUAAUACUCUAUAAGUUCAUUCAUCAAUACCCAUGCUCAAGUAAAUCCUAUUUGUUUGAAUGAUAAAAAAGUUCACGGUUUAGUUCAAGCUCUUUAUUAUAAGUGUGGCAAGAGCAAGAGUGCAAGACCUUGGUCAUGAUGGAAAAGGUGAAAAAAGAACUGAAAUCGUCAAGCUGACACAGUUCAUCACAAAUGGUUGCAGGAUUUACCUGUACUUAACUUGAAUUUGUCAUAGAAGAUUGCUCUUAUCUAUCAUCGUCUGCAGAAAUUUUGAGUUAGGUUAUCGCGACCGGUGUUUGAUUUCAGAGCUCUUCAUUAACACUUUAACUCUGUAACUUGUAUUGGAGUAAUGGACUGAAAACUGCCAAUGCCCAGUUCUGUCGAUUCAAAAUCGAUCAACUGGGUUUUCCUUCUUGAUUCACUGAUUCAUUCACACGAUUCAUUAAGAAGGUGAAGGUAUGCGACUCCUGAUAUUUAAGCACAGAAUAUUUCACUUAAGAGUUACUAACAUCCAACAACUAAUGAAAGCACAUUGUUGACAAUUGACAGGACAUGAAACUCUUUUUUUUUUUCCUUUUUCCAUUGUUCCCCGACCUCAGCCAAGUUGGGCAGCUACUUGCCUUGGAAGGGUGCUCGAAGGCCAUGUGCAAGGUUAGAUUAAACACCAUAUUAUUUUGCAGCCUACUAUAGGAAAAGGUUCUCUAGGUCUGAUUUCUCUGUUUGUUUUCACUUUAAUUAUCAUCUGGCAGCUUUAUAAUUUUGGUUCCUGUUUUGCUUUCACCUCUUUUGCAUAUUAAAAGGUGUAAAGAACAGAGGUGUGUGAGCUUCUCCCGCCACUUUGUUGUUUUUAUAUUACAUGAAGCUUGCAAAAACGUUUCGUAUCAGAAUCCCCACUUUCUUUGGCUAAUUACACAAUACUACCAUCACGUCUCUUUAAUCAAAGCUUAUUGGUAAUCGCCUCUAUUAUAUUAAACCUUGGGAGGCGAGUUUUGGCUUCUUGUGAGUACUCUUGAAGCAAGUACAGCUAUCCAUUAAUCCAUACCCCAACUGUCAAUAUCUCAACAAAACUUUCCUUAUAUUUUCCUUUCUUGUUAUGGCCUAACAAUCAGAAAUGUGUUCUUUGGUUCCUGAUUGUUAACCGUUUAGUUUAGCAGUCUAACAUAAAAACCAAUAGGUAUGUCUAAUUACACUAGUAUCAGUACAUGUUUGCCAUUAGAGGGAGAAUCCUUGUUAAUGCAUGUUUCAGUAUCUGAAAUGCAAUAAAUGCAAUAUCUUUUACUUACAGUGUACUACAUUGCGUAUCCAACCAUUGAUCCGCAGCUCACAUAUCUCCCCAUCUUUUGCACUCGCCACUGCACAAAUUUUGCUCCAGCUAGCUGUUGUACUGCUUCACAGAGUUACAGCGUUAGCACUGUAAGCUUUUGUUUCCAAGGAAAGGGAUACUGAAACUCCCUCUCACCCGCUCAAGUUGUUACUACUCUGUAGUCUGCACAACUAAUUUCUCUGCAAUUUGUUGAGUAGUAUUUUACACUUGAUACUCCACUGUUUUUGUUUCUGCUUCUCUUGUAGUCUGGUGCUCCUUAAGUUCUUUUACCACCAGUAGGAGUUUCUUUCUCAUUGUCAUUGGGGAUAAAAAAAAGGGUAUGGAUGGGAUAGCACCGGAGGCCUUGUUUAUUCAUACCCAUCUAUUUGUUUUAUAACAACGAGGAUUUGGAGCUUUUACAGUUACAGCGCAUCAUGGAUUUGACUGGGCUUUUUUUAUUUUUCAACUUUGAAUUAACUCCAGCUACUACACUGAUUUCCCGAAAGGCAGAGCUUUACUCCUUUCAGUCUUAUCCCCUCAGCGCCAGUUGGACAGCUGUUCAGGCUGUUUUUUUUUUAACGAAUGGCUGAUUAAAAGAAAUACAGAAUUGGUUUUUCAUGGAAAGGUAUGCAGACCUCCCUCAUUUGCUGUUUCUGGAGUACGUUGGGCUAGUGUUUGGAGACUGACCAAUAAUACUAGGAAAAUGGGUUAUGUGGGAUUUUUUUAUAGUUUUUUUUACAAGAACUGAACUAACUCAUGAAUAUUCUUGCAUUCCAAAUAAAUCCUAAUUAGUUCUAUUGUCUUUUUACACUAUUUGGAACUGUCAAAGAUUGAGACACCGUUCUAUCUUCUUCCAUGUUUUUUAUAUGAGCAUGAAAUUCAAAACACGAGAAAGAUAGGGAAUCAUUUCUUUCUUAUUUUUAACUAUGUAACGACCAUUUUUUUAGAAUAACCGAUGCUGUUUAUUUUACUAUAUAAAAUUUGACCAUGGAUAGGAAGAUUAGGGAACACUUUAAUUUUUUUUGUUAAUACUAUGUAACGGCCUUUUUUUCCGGAAUAACCGGUGUUGUUUAUUUUACUAUAUAAAGUUUGGCCAUGGAUAGAAAGAUUGGGAAACACUUUAGUCUUGUUUAAACUAUGUAACGGCCUUUUUUUUUUGGAAUAACCGAUGUUAUUUAUUUUACUACAUAAAAUUUGACCAGUUAUAGAUUUAAAAUUGUUCAACGAGUGAAUUAAUGUUGUUGUAAAAUGAUUCACCGAGUGAAUUAAUGUUGUAUUGUAUUAAUUCUAGAUUUUCCAUGCAAAUUAAAACUUUUAAGUUUUUAUAAAAAUCUGUUACUAAAAAUAGUGGCCAAAGUUUUACUGUAAACACAAUGAUUUCAGUUAUUUAAAAAGGAUGGAGGGAUAACUUGCUGUACAAUAGCUAUUGCCCAAAGUACUGAACUGCAGGGCACAUCCUCCAAUGUGAUUGCUUUUUUCUUGCUGACUUUAUGAUAUAAACAACAAAGUGUGAAGGAAAAAACAGGGGAAGGAAAGACAUACUGGUAAAGAAGAAUUAGACAAAUAUACAGUGGUACAAAUUUAGAAUAAAAGAAUCUUACUUGGACAUUUUUAUAGGGUUUGCAUAGCAGAUACUUCCUCCAUUCUUGAAUAAUUGUUACUGUUAACUACAACCGUCUCAUUCUAAACAGAAAUUACUUUUCAAUUAUUACAUUAUGAUGGAUCGGAGUUAUUCGCUUAUAUUUAUGAUGGCAUAUACUUCGAUAAUAUCACAUAUUUUUAAGUAUUUUUUUUACGAAAAGACAAACUGCCAAGUUUAAAUUUGAAUAGUGUAAGGGUCAAUUUUAUUCGAGAAUGGAGGAAGUAACUAGAUUCAAUAAGAUUACAGCAUAUGACAAAAAAUAUUGGCCUUAAAAUGUGCCUUAUGCUGUCAUGUAGUCAUGCUAACAAAAAAAAUGCAGACUAGGGUUAAAUAUUAUUUUUGCAUUUAGAAAUAAUUAUAUUGGUAUUAAUCUGAAGUUUUAAUUUGUUCCUACAUCAGAUACAUUUCGCAUCUUUAUUUUUCUCACCAUUUUUUCUGAAGACAUCGUGCAUCGCAUUGGUUAUGUCUACUGUUCAAUAAAAUGGAGGUACGUACUCGUAUGCUGUACUACGUACUCCAGUACACUUUUUUUGCAGUCCAACCAAUCAGCCAAGUUGGUCAAAGGAGAGAGAGCGAAAGAGAGCAGGAACCCCGCCAUUCCUGUGCAGUUUCUGCCCCAAAAAUCUCAUUUUUAAUCAUCCCAUUUUUUUCCCCUGUCUUUAAAAAUCUUCCUCCAUGAGACUUCGGUAACAACAGCUACUACUGGUGCCUGGUAGUAACCAGACACAGAGGGAAAGCAAAACAAGAGUGGGUGUCUCCUGUUGUCUGUCUUCCUCCUCGUUUGAGCUCCAAGCAAGCUUAGCCAAGAAACACCAUAAAGAAGAGAGUGAGAGAGAGUGUGUGUGUGAGAGGAGGUGAGCUUCUCUCACAUGCACAUGGAGGGAGGGGAGGGCAUUGCUGUAGCAGGUGCAGGUGGUGGCCAUGAAGCCGGCUUCGGUUUGUUCAGAGCGGCCGAUGUGACCAUGACAGAGGCGCAAGAAGCAGCCAAGGAGUACCAGUCUUCUCCCUCCUCGCCGUCGACGUCUCCUACUCCUUCCCCGCCGCCGGUUGCUGCCUCCGGCCAUGGAGGGGAGGCCGCUGCAACGCCGACCAUGUGGAGUUUGGGCGGCGAGAAGAUGCCGAGUGAGGCUGCAGGGGACAACGGCAUGCAGAUGUCAGGCCACAGUGAGCAUGCUAGCUUGAGCUCCGGACGGCGUAGGGGCCGGCCAAAAGGGUCCGGGAGACGCCAGAUCCUAGCCACUCUAGGGGAAUGGUAUGCGCUAUCAGCUGGAGGGAGCUUCACCCCUCAUGUCAUCAUCGUAGGCACAGGGGAGGAUGUGGCGGGGCGCAUAAUGUCCUUCUCUCAGAAGGGUCCACGCUCGAUUUGCAUCCUCUCUGCCAAUGGGACCAUCUCCAAUGUGGCAUUGAGCCAGCCUGGCUCGUCCGGUAGCACCUUCACCUACGAGGGUCGGUUUGAGAUUCUGCAACUGACUGGCUCCUUUACAAUGGCGGAAGAAGGUGGUCGGAGGAGAACUGGUGGGCUCAGUGUAUCGCUUGCCGGUCCUGAUGGCCGUGUCGUUGGUGGUGUAGUAGCUGGGAUGCUGCGUGCCGCAAGCCCUAUUCAGGUGAUUGUGGGGAGCUUCCUGCCCAACAGCCUAAAGCAGCAUCAGAGGAGGAUGGGCCUACAACAGCAACCAUCUGCUGCCCCGGCACUACCACCGCCUAUGGCUCCACCUCCUGUGCUCACAGCUGCAAUGCCUAUCUCUCAGGCAGCUCCUGGAACUAAUGGUUGCCAUGCGCCGCAGGUCUCAUCUAUGCAUCCGCAAGCCCACACCGGUGUAAUGGAGCACAGUGCAACAGCCAGUGGCGCCAUGAACCUUAACAGCUCAAGCUCCACAGGUUUCACCAUGGUUGGGUGGCCAGUCAGCUCACAGUCCAUGGGGCACAGGCCUUCACCUGACAUCAAUGUCUGCUUAACUCCUCAGGAGUAGCAUCAGCUAUUGAGCUAUCAUCUUUUGUCACCCCCAUCCCUGACACAUUUUGUAGGGCAUGGCUGUUAAUCUUUGCCAUGUGCGAUGACAAAUUAUGGGCUCUAUUCUAAUCCAUUAGGUCUGCGGUUUAAUUUUGGGGGGAGAAACUAGGCAAGACUAAGGACAAUUUAGCCAGAAUCUGACAGAAUGUGAUAGUCUAUUAGUUGCAGUUGCCCUCAUCUAAUUGUUAGGAUAUGUCAUUGUGUUGGGACAUCUGGUUUGUGAUUCAGAUUUCAUUCUCGCUGUUGCUGGCUCUUGUACUUUUGCA